AUGCGGGAUCGCCGGAAUACAAACCUCUCCGUCUCCUCAACCGACUCGACACCAUCCCACGUCUCCCGAUCGAGCAGGAACAGCCUCCAGGGGAAAGGCUACUUGGACCAGACGCCGCCGUCGCCCAUCCUGCCAGCACCUGUGACCAAGGAGAACAGACCACGGCCGACGUGGAGGAGAGGAAUGGCCAUCAGACUCGUUGCUGGCUUGUUCGGCCUUCUAUUGUUGUGGCGAUACAUGCUUGGCUGCUGGAUUCUCACUGCUGAUUCGAGAGGCGUCAAGAUCGAGCCUCCAUGGCCACACGCCCCUGCUGCAGACGGACGUAUCGACGACAAGACAUAUUUGGUCGGUGGUAAUCAGCUCCCCGAUGAGCCCAUUGCUCUCAUGGUCUCGGAUGAGGACGGCACAUCCAAAUGGACCGUCAGCAUACCACGCAACAUGAGCUUUCCCCUCCCCAGUCAUGAUUACAAGAACAUCUGCGAACACGGCGCCAAAUUCCGCAGUACAUUGAAGCCCACUUCCACUGCCGCUCGAGGCAGACAUUGGUGGGGCGAACACAAGGAUCACGCUGUUGACUCCACUUUCAUGGACAUCGACCGAGCGGAGGAUACGGGCGCAUUGCCGAGUAGGCUGGAAGACGACUGGCUGAGGGGAACCUGCGAGACCAGCUUGACCUUCGUGCUCCAGUCCGACGAGGCAAGCCUUGGCAAGUCGCUGCUUCUUCUCUGGCUCAGCUACGGUCUUGCCAAGAAAGAGGGCCGCGCCUUCUUCAUCGACGAUACACGAUGGGCUUGGGGCAAGUACCUUUCCUACUUCCGACCACCCCCUCCCCCAAAGUGCACUCGACCUCCGACGCAUCAGGUCGUACCAUGUCCACGAAGCGCAAAACACCUGGUCGUGUCAGCCGCCACAGCUUCUUGGACCUUCGGCUCGGCGUUUCAGCGAGAGUUUCAAGGCGCACACAACCAUGGGCUGGCCGCACAGUCGCGGGUACACGAAUUGCUUCGUACUGGAUACGAAGAUCUGUUCCAUCUCAUUGGUGAAGACGCCGAAUAUGCAAAGAAUCGCAUUGCCGACGUGAAGAGCGCAGCAGCGCAGAACCACAGUCCUCUCGUCGGUAUGCAGAUCAGACGUGGCGACCAGCAUCCUUUCGAAUACCAGUACAGUCGCGAUUAUCUUCCCCUGCAGAGGUACGCGGAAGGUGCAGUGUCGCUCGUACGCGCCAAGUUGGGAUUGACGGGGAAAUUCGAUGACUCUUCCAUCAUGGCGAAGCUGGUGUCUCCUUUGCUACUGGCAUCGGAUGAUCCUGAUAUCCUGGAAUCUCCCGAAUUGCGUCAAGCUGCUGAGCCACUGUCCAUACAAAGGGCACAGGAGAGAAUACAAUUAGCAACGAAGACGACACUGGACCAGAGCCUUCCCGUCAAACCUCUCCGCCAGUCUGGCUCCGCCUACACAAAGCACGUCGACGAGAACAGCGGAUGGGAAGGCGGCUUCUACAGUGCAUUGUUCUUCUCGUUAGGUGGAGCCAAGAAGCGCUCCGGACCUUCGACAGAUCCUUCCCGGGUACCAGACCAAGCCAUGCGGCUUCGAGAGCUCGUGGGCAGGUCGUACCUCAUGGACCUUGCCGUCUUGGCCGAGAGCGACGGCGUGGUGUGUGCAAUCAGCAGUGCAGGCUGUCGAAUGCUCGGGGUGAUGAUGGGCUGGGAUGCCGUCAAAUCGGGACGCUGGUUGAACGUGGAUGAUGGACGAUCGUGGUCGUGGAAUGGUCUGCGGUGA